AUGUCUAUGAUAUUAGCAAAUGUAUGGAAAUAUAGAGUGGGUUAUAGACAGUUUUUCAUUCAUUAUAAGCAAACCCAAAUUAAAGCUAUGUCUUCAGACCGAAAAAGAACUGGUGAAGGAACUAAUUUAAAUAAUGAUGAAGGUAUUUUAAAAAUUACUAUUGGUGAUGUGAGAAAACUUACUAAGGCAUCAAAAACUCCUGAACUUGUUCCUGUUGACUAUUUAAACAUGGCCUGCAACCAGGAAGCUAUGUCCCACUUACGAUGGAUGCUUCAAAAAGAUAUUCUUGGUCAAGACAUGUUUUUAAUAGGAAAACCUGGGCCUCUUAGACGGCGUUUAGCUUUAGCUUAUUUAGAGCUUACCAAUAAAUCUGUUGAGUUUGUUUCAUUGUCUCAAGAUACUACUGAAGCUGAUUUGAAACAACGCAGAGAAAUAGUUGGAGGCACUGCAAAAUAUAUCAACCAAAGUGCUGUUAAAGCUGCAAUUAAAGGACAUGUAUUAAUUCUUGAUGGGAUUGAAAAAGCGGAACGCAAUGUUUUACCAAUUCUAAACAACUUACUCGAAAACCGAGAGAUUCAUUUAGAAGAUGGUAGAUUUUUAGUAGCACCCAAAACAUAUGAUAAAUUGUUACAGGAGCAUGGUUUAGAGCACAUGAUGAAAUGGAAUCUGGUUCGUGUUAGUGAAGAUUUCUUUGUUAUUGCACUUGGUUUGCCAGUUCCUACAUAUAAUGGCAUUCCUCUAGAUCCUCCUUUACGUUCACGAUUUCAAGCUAGACAUAUCAUGACUCCAUCUUAUACGAACAUGCUAAACGACCUGACUGCCGAAUACCCGACAGUACMCAAGGACAAAUUGGAAAAAGUGUUGUCCUGCGCCUACGCUCUUGCAUCGCCAGAAUCUCGCGAAUUAGGCUUGCACGAUUUUCCGAUAGAAAAUAUGCCCGUUGUCGCCAAACUAAUCUACAACAACCCGUCCGUGUCGCCAAAUAGUGUGCUAAAACGACUCUAUCCAUACGAAAGUUUCAUGAACCCGGACGGUAAACGAUCCGUUAACAGCAUAUUGUCGUCUCUCUGUCCCGAAAAUGGAGACGAACCGAUCAAUCGUCAUGUCGCGUCCGUUGRAGGACUGGAUAACCAAAACGAGGCCGAAGUCGUUCUAGACAAUUCUAAACGUUUUACGGUCCCGUCCGGAAACGCUCCUUCCCUAAACGUCGCUACACUGUUCCCGGAUUUCGUAGAUACAGGUUAUCAAAACGCUAUAUUGUCGGAUCUUGCGCUCAGUCAUUCGGCGGCUGACAUAUGUAUCAUUGGACUAAGAGGCAGUGGAAAGACGGCAAUUGUGAAUAGGUUUGCGACCACAUUUCACUACAACGUUGAAACCGUUUCCCUGUAUCAGGAUUUGACAGCAAGAGAUUUAAUUCAACAAAGAACCACACUACCAAACGGUGAUACUGUUUGGAAGUAUAGUCCGUUAGUAGUUGCCGCCAUCGAGGGUAAAUUAGCCGUCCUUGACGGCCUUCAUAGACUGCAUUCGUCUACUUUGUCUAUUUUACACAGACUUGUUCAAGACCGAGAUCUUCAACUUCAUGAUGGCACUAGACUGUUAAGAUCAGACAGAUAUGACAAACUGGUAAAAAAAUUAGGAGUCGAUGUUAUGAACAAAUCAAAUAUAAUUCGCAUACAUCCGGCUUUUAGAAUUAUGGCACUUGCAGAACCACCUGGUGGCACCAUUCCACAAUGGAUCACUCCGGAAGUAUUAAACAUGUUCAUGUUUCAUGAACUUAGACCUUUAUCCGCUAUUGAGGAAUUGACAAUCGUACAACAUCUUUAUCCAAAUAGUGUAAACUCGAUGAAAAGACUAGUGGCUGUUACAAAAAAACUUCGAGAAUCAACUGAUAUUUAUUUGAAUUCUUUGGCUCCUUCUUUAUCUACACGUCAGUUGUUACGAAUCUCAAAAAGACUUGAUAAAUAUCCUGAUUCUGACUUUUACAGUAUUGUUAACAAAACUUGUUUAUCUCAAUUUUUACCACAACUGACAAAAAAAAUGCUUGAAAAAACAUUAUACAGUUGCAGUAUACAACCAAUUUUUGAAAAUGUACAGGACUCUUCAAUAAACUACAAAUAUGAUGAUGACAAUUUAACUAUUGGUAAUACAACUGUUGCACGAUAUAAAACUAAUGCAUCUAGUAAAGUUCCAAAUAUCUUAUUCUACGAUUUACCUCAACAUUUGAAACAACUAGAACUUAUGCUACAAGACUUUGUUUUGGGAGAACAUCUCUUGUUAGUUGGAAACCAAGGCGUUGGUAAAAACAAACUUGUUGACCGAUUUUUACAACUGCUAAAUAGGCCUAGAGAAUACAUUCAACUCCAUAGAGAUACUACUGUACAGUCAUUGACUAGUCAACAAACAGUAAUUGAUGGUGUUUUGCAUAUUGAAGAUUCACCAUUAGUUAAAGCUGUUAAGAAUGGUUACGUUUUAGUUAUUGACGAAGCAGACAAAGCACCAGCUCAUGUGACAUGUGUAUUAAAAAAUCUUGUAGAAACUGGUAACAUGAGACUUGCUGAUGGUAGACAAAUUAUUARUAAUGCUAAUAUUAUAAAUGAUGACAGUAUGAUUGUACUUCAUCCAGACUUUCGAAUGAUAGUUUUAGCAAAUCGACCAGGAUUCCCAUUUUUGGGAAAUAACCUAUUUAGCACACUUGGUGAUGUAUUCAGUUGUCACAUUGUUGACAAUCCUAGUCGUGAAUCUGAAACACAGCUGUUGAAAAGCUAUGGUCCUGAUGUUUCUCAAGAAGUUAUUGACCAAGUAAUUGCUGCUUUUGGAGAUUUGAGACUGCUAUUCGAUCAAAACUUAGUCUCAUAUCCAUAUUCAACUAGAGAAGCAGUUAAUAUAAUCAAACAUUUACAGAUGUAUCCCCAAGAUACAUUAUUAGAUGCCAUUAGAAAUGUAUUUGAUUUUGACAGCUAUUCCAAAGAAGCGCAAGAAGUAAUCACAAAUGUUCUUAACAAACAUAAAUUACCAAUAAAACUAUCACCUUGGGCUGGUCCAACUCAAAAAAAAAAUCUUCAAAUCACUGUAGAAAAAGAAAGUGGUCUUGAUGUUUCUAGCCCAAAACAUGGGAAGGUGGAUGAAARAAACGAACCUCAUGUUGGUGGAAACACUUGGGCUGGUGGUACUGGUGGCAGGGAUACAGCUGGACUAGGUGGAAAGGGAGGUCCUUAUAGGCUAGAUGCAAAACAUAAAGUUUUUCAAGUUUCUGAUGCAGAGAAAGAUGCAGUACCAGAACAUGUCAAAGAAGCAGCAAGACAAAUGGGUCAAAAGGCAUAUAAGGAACGUCUCAAGGAAAUAGAGAUGACUGAAUAUGAUGACAAAGUAUACAAUGAAUACUCUUUACCAGUUAAAAAUCAAGUGCAAGCAUUAAGAGUGAUAUUGAAUUCAUUACAAGCUAAAUCUCAAGAAAGACAAUGGAUUAGGCAUCAAACAUCUGGUGAACUGGAUGACAGUAAAUUAAUAGAAGGAGUUAUUGGUGAACGUUCUAUUUAUCGGAAACGGGGUAAUGUCGACCCUCAGAUUGGAGCUCCUCAAUUAAAACCAAAACGUUUACGGUUUAUUGUUGAUGUUUCUGGCAGUAUGUAUAGAUUCAACAACUAUGAUGGACGUUUAGACCGUGAACUUGAAGCUGUCAUAAUGGUGAUGGAAGCUCUUAGUGGUUUUGAAGACAAAAUUAGUUAUGAUAUUGUCGGACAUUCAGGCGAGACAGAAUGCCUUAAGUUUGUAGAUAAAUCAAAUCCGCCCAUUGAUAAUAAGCAACGAUUAGAUGUUAUUAAAAAGAUGCAUGCUCAUACUCAAUUCUGUAUGGCUGGUGACAAUACUCUUCAAUCUGUUAUAUAUGCACAAAAAACCUUAGAAGCUGAACGCAUUGAUUUCGACGAAGCUAUAAUUAUACUAUUAUCAGAUGCUAACUUAUCGCGCUACAAUAUAAGACCUGAUAGAUUGGCUGCGGCACUUAAUUUGAGUGAAGACAUUCAAUCUUUUGCAAUUUUCAUUGGAUCACUAGGUGAUCAAGCAGACGUGUUAACUAAUAGCUUACCAGCAGGUAAAAGUUUUGUGUGUAUGGACCUCAAAAACAUCCCACAAAUCAUUCAACAAAUUUUCAUGUCUUCUAUUAUGAGUGUUUUUUAAAACAUCUGGUGUUUUGUUAUAAAAGUUGUAUGUGUCCAGUGGCAUACCUAGAGGAGGGGCUUAGGGGGCAUUAGCCCCCCACAUUAGCAAUGUUAUGGAAUAAAUUUUAUGUAAUAAAAGACAAGGUAAUACAAACCAUGAUAUUUCUGAAAAUGGCAUUAAAUACUACAUAUUAUCUUUAGUAACGACCUAGUAUAAGCUAGACCAACUACUGUUAGACUUUAUUKAAACUAGUUUGUUAAGAUGUCAAAUUUUUAUUUAUUUUGUUUAGCCCCCCCCCCCUCUUCCAUUCAAAAAUUCUAGGUACGCCACUGUAUGUGUCUGUAAAUAAUUGGUUAUUGUAAUUUUAUGGUUUUAAAAGAUUAAGAAAUUGUAGUUACCAAAUAAUAUAAAUUUAUUUCGUAUAAAAAUUGCUGUGAUAGAACUAAUUUUUCAACAAUAACGUUUUAUAAUAUAUUUUUCAUCACACUUGUAUUUAUUAACUAUUUAUAUUUUUAAUAUAUUACUAUUUAUCUGUAUCAUUAAAUACCUAUAUAUUUUAUUUUCUAGUUUUGAGCUUGAUUUUCUACAACAGACUAAACAGACUACACAUUUCUAUUGAAGAUACCUAAUUAUAUUUGUAUCUGAUAUCAGAAUUCUGCAGAAUAGCACAUUUUCUCCGUGGCUCCGUUUUAGAAAUAAAAAAGUCUUUAAUGGUUAAUGUAACCUAUUGAAAAAAAUGUUGACUGACAAAAUUGAUAAAAAUACAUUGAAAAUUGAAAUUCAAAAAAAUAAUCAUUUAAAUUAAAUUAAGCACAUGUGGUCACAGGUCACAUCUACACGUCAAAUUAUUAAUUAAAUUUCUGGAACUUAAAAUAUGUAAUCUAUUAUUAUUUAUAUAUCAUAUACGAUAUACCUACGAUUUACGAGUAGGUACGGACGCAAUUUACUAAGAUAUCUAAGUGCGUGCCUAUAGUGCCUACGACUUAUGAGCUAYUACUGAUUGGCAUUUUGCGGUAGCCCCAUUGCUAACCCACAUUUCAUACAAUUAUAAAUCAAUAUAAUAAUAACAGCGAUUGCGGAUAGCGAUUGUUGGAUAUCUUUGAUGUAUUUAUAUAAAAUUAUUGCAAUUACCUAAGUUAUUUAAUAGUUUUAAUUCAGGCACGUCACCAAGGGGGGGGGGCCUUAGAGAAAUGUCAGUGGCCCCGGACUGGCCCCUUGAUUUUUAUUUUUAAAUUUUAUGGUGUGUAAUAUAAUUGUCCCACGCCGGUUAAAUCCUAAUAUUCCUAAUUGUAUAUUAUAUGGUACUCCAUAAUAUAGUAAGUUAACGAUCGUAUAACAAAAAUUAAAUUCCGAAAUUUUAAAAAUAUUCGYCAAUAAUACAAGAUUGACAAUAAGACGUCUAUUAAUAAAUUGAAAUCUAGGAAUGCCAAAUACGGGUAUCGAACGCACAUUUGAUAAACACAACUACAGACAAUACUAUAUAUAAUAGUGGACCAAUACGGUAAUCGUAUAAUAAAAUAAACAUGCCUAACAUAAGUCCCCAGGGAUGGAGUGGCSCACCAGGAUACUGAAAAUUCCCGGUGCCCUGGAAGCUAAAUGGCCCGUUUACCUAAAGUAUAGAUAGAAAAAAAAUAAUGUAGAGUAAUGAAAGAGUAUUUAUCUAUAUACGAAGACGAAAUCGAAUUUAAUUGAUUAUUUCUUUAUUAUUUUGAUAUUUUAAAUUAUGAUAAAGCCAUUAUURUAAUUAUAUCUAAAGCUAAAAUAGUUUAUUCUUUGUAAGUUGCUAUAUUUAUUUUAAUUUCAUUAGAACAUAUU